GCCACUGGGGGGCGCUGCUCUGGGUUCCCGAACCACAGAUGGGUCUGCGCUGGCUGGAGGGACGCUUGGGGAAAGUGUGUGACUUCAUCCUGGCUCGUUCAGUUAGCAUGCAGCCUGGUUUAUUGGAUGUUCUGCAAGCUAUUCUGUUGUCUUCCAGCACCGACUUUCAGAAGAACAAUCCUGUGCACAAACUAACAGCAGAAGAACUGCUGGCAUUCACUUCUUGUAUUCUGUCCCAGCCAAAGUUCUGGUCUGUGGAGGUCACAGCACUCUGCCUCAGGACCAAACUAGAGAGAGGGAGAACUCGGUGUGUUGAGAGAGCCAUGAUGCAAACUCAGGCAAUAGUCGAUCAUUUUGAAGACCAGAGCUGUCCUGUGAGCGAGCGCCUCAAAGUGUUCUACUGCUGCCAAGUACCGCCCAGAUGGGCCGUCCAGAAGCUGCUGGCCAGCCUGCUGAUAGACCUGGGCUGCAUCAGCUCAGCUCUGCUGCUCUACCAGCAGCUGCAGCUGUGGGAGGACGCCGUGGUCUGCUACGAGAAGCUGGGCCAGCACGGAAAGGCUGAGGAGAUUGUGCGCAGAGAGCUGGAGAAGAAGGAGACUCCGAGUCUGUACUGUUUGCUUGGAGACAUCCUGAACGAGCAUCAGUACUACGACCGGGCGUGGGAGCUGUCUGGACGGAGGAGCGCCAGAGCCAUGCGCUCCAAGGCUCUGCUGCACCUCCGGGCCAAGGACUUCCAGCAGUGUGUGGACUGCUUUGAGCAGUCGCUGAAAAUCAACACCAUGCAGCUUGGCGUGUGGUUUUCCCUCGGCUGUGCCUACUUCGCUCUGGAGGGCUAUGAGGGAGCAGCAAGAGCCUUCCAGAGGUGUGUGGGGCUGGAGCCAGAUAAUGCAGAGGCAUGGAACAACCUUUCCACAGCCUACAUCCGCCUCCAGAUGAAAACCAAAGCCUUUCGAACCCUGCAAGAGGCCCUGAAAUGCAACUACGAGCACUGGCAGAUCUGGGAGAACUUCAUUGUGGUCAGCAUUGACAUCGGCGAUUUCGCUGAAGCCAUCAAGGCGUACCACCGUCUCAUGGAUCUGAGGGAAAACUACAAAGAUGUCCAGAUUCUUCAGAUCCUGGUCAGGGCGGUUGUGGAGAAUCUGACUGACAGCCAGGGGGCGCAGGCAGGAACCUUGACCCCGAAACUGAAGGAACUUCUUGGCCGUGUCAGUGCGCGCCACAGCAGCGACGCUGAAAUAUGGCUGCAGUACGCCAUGCUGUAUGGUGGCGGCCGCAGCUCAAACCCAGACGACAACGACAAGGCUCUGCAGUUCCUGUCCAAAGCUCAUCGCUGUGAGGUUCAAGCUAGCGGCUGGGAGAAGGACCCUGUUCUUUUCAAGGAGGUGAUCAGAAGAGCAAUCACCAUGGGAGAAGUGAGCAUCAGCUGCAGUGAGAAGAAGACGAAUCCAGCAGAAUCUCUCCAGUUGCUGUCGUCCAGCCGCCUCAGCCUCCGGAGUCUAGCCACCAAAGCCAAGCAAAUCCACACAGAUGUUGCGACGGGUGAAGUCCAUGCCGAUCUACGGGACGGCGUUGCUGCUCUGGAACGGCUUAUCUCAGAUCUGCAGGAGCUGAGUGGGAGGCUGCGGAACCAGGCCCAGUGAUGCAAACUGCAUCUUUAUCAUGACGUUUUUAUACCUUCAUGUCCACAAUAUAAUGUAAAUGCUUGUUUUAAGGUAUCAAGAAGUAAACUUGAUAAUUAAAUGCU